GCAUCGGGUCCCGAAGACGAGUAGCACAGUGCUGCCUUCCUUAGCAUGGCCAGCACCGCGCAAAAGACUUGGGAGCUGGAGAAUCAGGUUGUCCCUGUAGACGACGCAACCAUCUACGCAUUCGACCAGGCGGAGCAAGAUGCCAUCUUCGACAAGAAGCCGUGGAAGGAGGAUGUGAACUUCUUCAAGUCCGUGCGCAUGUCCGCUGUGGCCAUGAUCAAGAUCGUGAUGCACGCCAAGUCCGGCGCGCCCCUGGAGGUCAUGGGGCUCAUGCAGGGAAAGGUCACCUUGGACCGAGAGUUCAUCAUCAUGGACGCCUUCCCUUUGCCGGUUGAGGGCACCGAGACGCGGGUGAACGCCGGCGCCGGCGCCAACGAGUUCAUGGUGACCUUUACCGAGACCUGCGAGCGCAUCGGCAAGGUCGAGAACGUCUGCGGCUGGUACCACUCCCACCCUGGCUACGGCUGCUGGCUCAGCGGCAUCGACGUGCAGACUCAGAUGACGUACCAGCAGCACCAGGAACCCUGGUUGGCGGUGGUAGUGGAUCCGG